AUGAAUUCGUUUCCGAAUGAUGAUCUCGUUUACGAGAUACUCUUGAGACUGCCAGCAAAAUCAGUUGCAAGGUGUAGUUGCGUGUCGAAGCUACGGAGGUCCAUCCUCAGCCGUCAAGAUUUCACCGAGUUGUUUCUGACUAAGUCCUCAGCUCGUCCACGUCUCUUAUUUGGGGUCAAACGAGCCAACGGUGAGGGCCUCUUCUUCUCGUCGACUCAGCCUCGGAAUUCAUAUGAAAAGUCGUCUCUUGUAGUAGCUGCCGAUUUUCAUACUAAGUUCUCUGAAGUUAUAAGCCGAGAAAUUUGUAGCUAUGCUUCUGGCUUGAUCUAUCUCUCUGAUAUGAGGAUCUCAGUGAAUGAUGAAGAUGUAGUGCGUGCGAUAUGUAACCCUAUCACGGGAAACUAUUUAGGGUUUGAUCCGAUUGACAAGCAAUUCAAGGUAUUGUUCAUGGCUUAUCCAUCUGGUCCUGAUGAUCAUAAAAUUCUGACCUUGGGAACUAGAAGAAUGAGGUGGAGAAAGAUCCAUUGCCCCUUAACUCAUGAUCCUUUUUGUGAAGGGAUAUGCAUCAAUGGGGUUUUAUAUUACUUAGCUAUCCAAAUUGAUGAACCCUUGGUUAACCAAAGGUCUUUUGUGAUAGUUUGCUUUGAUGUUAGAUUUGAAAAAUUCACGUUCAUUGACGUAGAUUGCUUUUAUCAUUUGAUAAAUUAUAAGGGAAAAUUAGGUGGGAUUGAUUGGAAACAUGGUAACGCUAAUGGAAGUCGUACCUUUGAGUUGAGUAUGUGGGUUCUUGAGGAUGUCGAGAAACAUGAAUGGUCGAAAUACGACUGCACUUUUCUUGAGUAUGAAGUCAUGUUCUACAAUAUUUCUCUUGCCGUUGGGAUGACUGCUACAUGUGAAAUUGUUUUGUCGGAGAAGUUUGCAUCUAAAUCGUUUUAUGUCUUCUACUUCAAUCCCGAAAGAGAAACUCUCCAAAGAGUUGAAAUCCAAGGAUUGGAGAAUCAUUGUAGAGUUUACACUAUUACAGACCAUGUCGAGGAUCUUAAUGUUAACUAUAAAAGAAAACACAAAAUGGCUUUGGUAAGACGUUUCUUGGCUGCAAAGAAGAUUAUUGGUGGCUCUGUAGCGAAACUGAGGAAAGAAACUUCAGCAAUAUUAUAUCUGAACCGAUACUGGUCAUAUCCAGCCUCUACUACAUUGAUAAACUAUAAGGGUAAAGUAGGUGUGAUUAAUUUGACGCAUGCCUAUGAACGUGUAUUUCCCCUUCAGUUACGUAUGACGGUUCUAGAGGAUUUUGAGAAACAGGAAUGGUCGACAUAUGUCUACACUUUGAUGGCUGAGAAUAUAGUCGUUAAGUAUGUUUCCGUGGUUGGGAUGACUGCUACAGGUGAUAUUGUUUUGGUGAAAACAAAUGCAUGCAAACCGUUUUAUGUGUUCUACUUUAAUCCCGGAAGGAACACUCUCCUAAGUGUUGAAAUCCAAGGUGUUGGAGAAGACCACAAAUGCCUCAACUUUCAUACAGUUUGCGCCUUUGUAGACCAUGUAGAGGAUCUUCAGUUUAGUUUUAAGAAUUGA